CCACGUACCCCAAAAUGUGCUCGUUGUCGAAAUCACGGAGUCGUUUCCGCACUAAAAGGACAUAAACGUUACUGUCGAUGGCGUGACUGCGUCUGUGCCAAAUGUACGUUGAUAGCAGAACGACAAAGGGUGAUGGCGGCGCAGGUAGCU